AAUUACUCAGUGACGUCAGUUUUUAGAAAUGUAAUGGCUACCGUAAUGGAAGCGUGAUUUGUUAUUUCCAUUUCUGCAAGACAAGAUAAUUCAGAAGCAGAUUGAAGAUGGCCCACUUUGUGUACCCAGCAGCCAAUCCGCAGCCAGCGGCAGCUUACCCAGCUGUACAGACGGCUUAUGUUGCUGCAGCACCACAAGCAGCUUAUGCCACGGCUGCGCCGCGAGCAGGACAAGCCUAUGAUAGCUACCAAACUGCUCAUGCAACGCCACAGUACGCAUAUACCACCAGGACACAGGUGGCAGUGACGCCUGCUGCGACGUACGACCAGAAAGCCUAUUAUCAACCUGCAGCUGCUGCUCAGGCGGCUGUAGCCUACACCGUAGCUGAGACUCAUUAUCAAGCUGUGCCGUGUUUUUCAGCGAACAAGCCCACCUAUACAUCAGGGGCCUACCAGUCUGCCCAGAGAGCUGUUGUGACGCCAAAGAGCCACACCCCUGUACAAGCCUCUAGUGCAGCCACUUACGUGUACCCUGCCAACACAAGUCAACCCGUGUCCACAUACAGUACUACAACGUAUGCUACCAAUACAACUGCCAGCGCAACCUACACAGGGAAAGCAAGUACAGGAGCUUCAAAUUACACUGCCUACAAGCAGACGGUUCAGCCAGUAGUAAUCAAAGGUUAUGAUGCAGCACUGUAUUCAGCAGCCACUUCAUACUACCAGCAACAGCAACAAGCUGCCAAGACCACAAACACCUGGCAGGUAAAGAAGGCGGGGCAGACAGGUAAAGCCAAGCCCAAGAUCCCUCCAAAGCAGCCUCAGCUCCACUACUGUGAUGUCUGUAAGAUCAGCUGUGCUGGGCCUCAGACUUACCGAGAACAUUUAGAGGGUCAGAAACACAAGAAAAAAGAAGCAGCAAUGAAGGCAGGCACCGCCUCCUCCUCUAGUGGACGUGGCAGUCAGAAUCAGCUGAGGUGUGAGCUCUGUGAUGUCACUUGCACUGGAGCUGAUGCCUAUGCUGCCCACAUCAGAGGAUCAAAGCAUCAAAAGGUCCUGAAACUACACACAAGACUGGGAAAACCCAUUCCCUCCACCGAUCCUGUGGUGGUCUCCCCAGCAGCCAGCGGAGCGUCAUCUGUCGCAAAGACUGCAAGCAAUACAUCCACAUCUACAGCCAGCGUUACAAAGCCAACUGUCAAAUCAAACAUCACUCCCAUUGCCACUACCAAAAAAGUCCUGUCAACUCCAAAGAUCACUUUCAUAGGUGGUACCCAGCUAAAAACUUUGGAUGUGAAAACAGUGGAGGUCAAAGUGGAGCCCACCUCCUCCAAGUCAGGGGAGAGUCUCAAUACAUCCGCAGCCUCAACAUCCAGUAAUGAUGAUAAAGAUGAUGAUGGAGAUCCGCUUAAUAUUCUUGGGGAAAAGGAUGUCACUCCUGUUGGACAUGAAUACAUUGAGGAAGUUAGAAAUGACCAGGGCAAGACUGUUAGUUUCAACUGUAAACUCUGUGAGUGCAAGUUCAAUGAUCCAAACGCCAAAGAGAUGCACAUGAAAGGAAGGAGACACAGACUGCAAUACAAAAAAAAGGUUGAUCCAAGUUUACAAGUGGAGGUUAAGCCAAGCAUCAGAGCACGUAAAAUCCAGGAGGAGAAAGUACGACGUCAGGCUCAGAAAGAAGAGUUCUGGCGAAGGAGAGAGCAAGAGCAGAGAUGGAGGGAAGAAAUGAGGAUGGAGGAGGAGAUGUACUGGGAGGAGCGGCGGCGCUAUGAGGAGCUGGAGUACUACGAGUGGCAGAGACAGGGUCGUCCCGGCAUGCCACCCCCACGACCCUACCCUCAUGGACCAGGGGGGCCCAUGGGAAUGAGAAGACCAGACUCCUCAGAUGACCGCCAUGUGAUGUCAAAACAUGCCAGUAUUUAUCCAAAUGAAGCUGAGCUGCAAGCAGUUCAGAAUAUUGUCUCUUUAUGUGAAAAGGCCCUGAAGAAUGUUUCAGACUUCCUGGCAGAAAGUGAUGCACCAAAGUCAAUGGAUAUAGAUAAAGUCAAAAAGGAGGAGAAAGGAGUCAAAAAGGAGAAGGAGGAGCCAAAAGAAGGAGAGAAGAAAGAAGAAUCGGCUGUUCCCAGGGUCCUGAAGGGAGUUAUGAGAGUUGGGGUUCUUGCCAAAGGUCUGCUUCUUCAUGGAGACCUUAAUGUCAACCUUGUGGUCUUAUGCUCAGAAAAGCCUACCAGGACAUUGCUGGAGAGAGUAGCAGAUGCUCUCCCUAAGCAGAUAGCUGCUAUCACUGAUGAGAAGUAUGAAGUUAAGCGAUGUGUGGAGGAAGCAGCCAUCAUAGUGUCCAGUGAGAGUGACCCCAAAACAUCCUGCUCUGUGACCUUGACCUCACCCGUUAUGAGAGAGACUCAGCUUGCUGAUGGAGAGACAUCCACUGUCACGGUUAAAGAUCCGCCAGAUGUUUUGGACAGGCAGAAAUGCCUGGAUGCCCUUGCAGCUCUACGACAUGCUAAAUGGUUCCAGGCUAGAGCCAACGGACUACAAUCCUGUGUUGUAGUCAUCCGGAUUCUGAGGGAUCUGUGUCAGAGAGUUCCCACUUGGACUCCUCUCAAUGAAUGGGCUAUGGAGUUGCUUGUAGAGAAGUGUGUAAGCAGUGGAGGGGCUAAUAUGAGUCCAGGAGAUGCCUUGAGAAGAGUGUUUGAAAGUAUCUCAUCUGGACUCUUACUGCCAGGUGGGCCAGGACUUUAUGAUCCAUGUGAAAAAGAUUCUGUUGAUGCUGCUUCAUCACUGACCAAUCAGGAGAGAGAAGACAUCACUGCUUCAGCUCAGCAUGCCCUGAGGUUGAUAGCAUUCAGACAAAUCCAUAAAGUUCUGGGAAUGGACCCACUGCCAGCCCCUAAACAUCUAAGACAGCGCAUGAACCCACGCAAACGUCGCCGCACAGACAGUGCCCCAGGAGAAGGGGAGGGAGAAGGUGAAAAGAAAGACAAGAAGGAAGAUGACGUGGACAUGUCUGAUGGAAAGUAGGAGUUGUUCAGAGAAAAAAUGGAAGAACGAUUGUGUGAAUUGGAACGAAUAUUUGUGUUGGAUAUUUUUUCUUAUGUUGUAUAAUUAUACUUGAAUUUAAAAAAAAAGUUUGUUUCUUUUUUAAAAUUGUACAAAUAUUUUGUUAAUAGGUGUAUUUCAAUUUCCCCCCCCCCCCCAAAAAAUAGUCCUUGUUUUAUUGCAAGGGUAGUUUUAUUUUAAAGCUGUUGAAGCUCAUCAGUUGAACAAGUUGCUUUCUUGGUGAAGCUUCCUGGUUUUGACAGUUUGUUUUGUGCGUAAGGAUAGAACAAGGGAUCAUGUUUUCAAAUUUUGAUACAUUUGUGUUUUUACAAUACUGCAAUUCAGAGUGCACUGGUGUCAGUUUUAGGAAGAUUCCCAGAAAGAAACAGUGAAUAUCUUCAUUUUUGAAGAAAUUAUAUUUAUGAUCAUGAACAAUAUUUUAGAAAUGUAUCAUUGUUUUAAAGGAACAUAACAUGUCAUCUAAUUGGAUACAGUCAAUAUGUCAUACAUACCUUGUGUAAAAGGACAAUCACAUUUAUUGAAUUGUAUUUCAAAACUAAAAAAAAAAUUACUAGUGUACCAUUUUUCGUCAGUUAAUAAAGUUUGUAGACUAAUGUGUACUUCA